AUGAAAUAUUCACUUGCAGUGCUUUUAGUCUCUUUUGUGACUCUGUCUGAUGAAACCAGUCUGCCUGAUCAUGAUCCAGGACUGUUGCCCAAAGAGGAGUCGGUGCCGGCCUCCAUACAAAUACUGAAGGAGUUAAAUCGUGCACCACCGCUUCCUCCCACCACAAUGACUUCAAAUGUGGAGACCCGUUGGUUCCCCCAAUGGCUGGACAACUUUGACAACAACAACACAGGAGUCUGGUACAACCGAGUCAUGAUCAAUGAAGCGUACUUCCAAGAUGGUUCGCCCAUAUUUAUUUACUUGGGUGGUGAGUGGGCCAUCGAUGAGAGCGGAAUUAACUCAGGACAUUGGGUGGAUAUAGCAAAGGAACACAAUGGCUCGCUCCUCUAUACGGAACAUCGUUUCUUUGGCCUGAGCAUACCGAUAAGACCUCUAUCCACCGAGAAUCUGGAGAAGUAUCAGAAUGUACACCAGGCUCUGGCCGAUGUGCGCAAUAUUAUAAGAACACUAAAGCAACAGGACAAGUACAAGGAUUCUAAGGUGGUGAUCUCAGGUGGUUCCUACUCUGCAACUAUGGUGGUGUGGUUCAGACGUCUUUAUCCCAACGACAUAGUCGGUGGUUGGGCAUCCAGUGCGCCCCUGGUUGCCAAAGUGGACUUCCAGGAGUUUAUGAAAGUGGUGGGCGAUGCCUAUGACCAGCUGGGUACACCGGGAUGCUACGAUAUAAUUAAAAACGCGACUUCGUAUUACGAGGAUUUGUUUUCGGCUGGCAAAGGUGCUGAGGCAAAGGAGCGACUAAAUCUGUGCGAUAAUUUCGACCCGGACAGCGAACAGGAUCGCUGGCAAAUUUUCAGCAGCAUUGCCAAUAUCUUUGCUGGCAUUGCGCAAUAUCAAAAAGCCGGCGACCUAUGGGCCUAUUGCUCUGUGCUCCGUGAAUUCGAUGAAGAUGAUGCUACGGCGCUAUCCAAGUUCAUACAAUGGCGUCUGCAUAAUCCGCAAUGUGUCAGUGCCAGAUACAAGAGCACUAUAAACUACUAUAAAUGGUCCAUGGACAACUACGAUGGCACUGGUCUGGCUUGGACAUUUCAGACUUGUAAUGAGUUCGGCUGGUACCAGUCAUCGGGGAGCAGCCAGCAACCAUUCGGUUCUACUUUCCCUGCUACCCUAUACACUGACCAAUGCCACGAUGUCUUCAGCACCAACUAUACCGCCGUGCAAAUUCAAGCAAACGUUAACCAGACCAACGAGGAAUUCGGUGGCCUUAGCCCCGAUGUGACCAACGUUUACUUCACCCAAGGUGGCUUGGAUCCCUGGCAUACAGUUGGUGCUGGUGUCAAACAGAACGCAACCAUUAUACCCUAUGCCUCGCAUUGUUCCGACUUCGGUUCGAUUAGCGAUAGCGACAGUCCCGAGAUGCGUGCCUCCAAAUUGCGAUUGGCCCUGUUGGUACGUAAGUGGCUAGCUUAG